AUGCUUCAUGCAGAUGCUUCCAACAUCAGCAGCCGCGUUGCUUCCUCCUCCUUCUUUCUCCUGGGGCUGCCCGGACUGGAGAAGAUACAGGUCUGGCUCUCCAUCCCCUUCUGCUUCAUCUAUGCCACAGCACUCUUGGGCAACGCCACCCUCCUGUGGGUCAUCUGGACAGAGCCCAGCCUGCACAAGCCCAUGUACCUCUUCCUCUCCAUGCUGGCCUUAACUGACAUGGCCUUGCCCACUUGCGUCCUCCCCAAGAUGCUGGCCAUCUUCUGGGUGGGUGCCCAAGAAAUCACCUUUGCUGCCUGCCUGGUGCAGAUGUUCUUGGUUCAUGCACUGUGCAUGCUGGAGUCUGGGACGCUGAUGGCCAUGGCCUACGACCGAUACGUAGCCAUCUGCUCCCCACUCAGCUACACCUCACUGCUGACUGCCUCCACUGUGGUCAAGUUAUGCAUUGCCACUGUAGUCCGUGCCAUGGUAACUGUCCUGCCUGUCCCAUUGCUGGCAAGGAGGCUGCCAUAUUGCCACUCUCACAUCAUCUCCCACUCCUACUGUGAGCAUAUGGCAGUGGUCAAACUGGCCUGUGGGGACACCACACCAAACAACCUCUAUGGGUUGAUCCUCUCCUUUGUUGUCAUUGGUGGUGACCUGGGCUUCAUCUUCAUCUCCUACGGGCUAAUUCUACGAGCUGUAUUCCGGUUGCCCUCACAGGAGGCACAGCACAAAGCCCUGGGCACCUGUGGGGCCCAUGUGGGGGUCAUUUUUAUUCUCUACACACCUGGCUUCUUCUCCUUCCUCACCCACCGCUUUGGGCACAGUGUCCCCCACUAUGUCCACAUCUUCCUGGCCAACAUCUAUUUGUUUGUCCCUGCGAUGCUCAACCCCAUUAUCUAUGGGGCCAAGACAAAGGAGAUCCGAGACCAGAUCCUAUCAGAAGACAAUUGA